CGGCCAAGAGGUGGCAAAGUAACUGUCCGCAAACGGCAGCUCCGACUCUGAUUAACAUUCGAAAGCGGUCUGUUCACCAAUAGACACCCCUGUCCUCUUAAAUAUAAAUCAUUUCGCGUCAAGAAUUGUGCACUUGGCUAUGUAUCUUAUCUCUGGGCUUUGUGACCUUCGUAUCUGUGGCGCUCGGAAGCUCCGACCGCGCCGUACUGCGAGCAUUCGUGAGCAUGUCGUAAUCACCGCCAAACACGCAAAACGUUCCCUGUUACGUCGCCUGCAACCACAAGAAACUCCAGACGGCCCAUCCUUUUUGUUCGUUCGACGGCUGCGACGAUCACGGGCUGAUCAAACUCCAGCCGUCUGCGAUCCGAGCUUGCUCUUGACUGUUACCCGACGUAUUAAGGCACAUCGGAAAAGGCAGGAAGCCUUCGGUUUCUGUGGAGAUUCGAGACACUGUCCAACAGUCCACGAGCUUUGUCUGCGCCGGCCGCGGAGGAAAACCCGGCACUGCCAGAAACACCAGGCUCACCCAGCUGCAGGGACUCUAGAUCUUCCACCCAGCGAAGCGUUCUGGAAGGGCAGCGCCGGCGAUAGGGAACAGAAAUACGACAGGCGAUCUGAGACAACCGACAGAGACCGACAAACCAAGCCCACGAAUCUCCACCAUCCUAAGACUUUCUGAACCGUGUCAGUAGUUCAUCAA